AUAUUAUACUUUUAAUAGAUAUAUUAAUUCUGGUGUGAUAGACAGUAUACAACUAUUGAUUUAUAUAUUUCUUAGUCAAAAUAAUUUCAUUGUCAAUUAUCUAAUGGCAGAAAAUCAAAGAUUUAUAUCAGGUCCUCCACAAUUACCUCCUUUAUAUAGAGGGCAGAAAAUAAAAACAGGUCCAUAUAUUACUACAGUCACUGAUGAAAUGGUUGCGCAAAGAGAAAGAGAAAAUGAACAAUUGUAUAGAGCUUGGCGCGAGCAACAACGAAGAAGAGAUAUGCAAGAUGAUGAGUACAUGGGAGAUUUUAAAGAAGAUGUAGUGAGAAGAAUUUUUAUUAGAAAAGUUUUCUGUAUAUUAACACUUCAAUUAUUAUUUACAUCUGGUGUCAUAGCAAUUUUUCUAUUCGUGGACUCUGCAAGAAAAUUUAUGAUAAUUCAUUGGUAUUUGUGGAUUGUAGCUAUGAUAUGCUUCGCUAUUUCUUUUUGUGCCAUAUCGUUUUUUGAGGGAGCUAGGCGAUCUCCACCUUUCAAUUAUUUGUGGCUAUGUAUAUUGACAAUUGCUAUGUCAUAUCUAGCUGCUUUUGUAUCUGCCUUUUAUGAAAUUGAAAUAAUUUUGAUGGCAUUAGGUAUGACAACAUUAAUUACAUUAGGAAUAAGUCUCAUUGCAACAUUUACUAAGUUUGAUUUAACCAUGAGAACAGGGAUAUUGUUUAUUAUUGGACUGGCUGCUAUUGUAUCAAUUUUUGUGUUGAUAAUAACCUUGAUGUUUACAUACAUUAGAUUAUUACAUAUCCUGAUUUCAAUUAUAGGAAUGACCUUAUUAUCAACAUACUUGUUCUUUGAUAUACAAACAAUUAUGGGUGGAAGAAGAAUAGAAUUAAAUCCAGAUGAAGUUAUAUUUGCAACAGCACAAAUUUAUGUUGACAUUGUAUUGUUAUAUCAAUAUAUCUUAAUGUUUAUGGGUUUGAUGCAUCAUCAAUGAAUAUUAAGGAUAGAUUUAUAUCACAUUUCAUUAUAACUUAUCUUUAUUAUAGCAAUAUAUUUUUUUAAAAAGACUUGAAUAUCAAUGAAUAAAUUAUAUGAAUUAUUUAA